AUGGAAUACUACGAAGAGCCUGAGGCUGCGUCGGCUGCGGGCACUGCCUCAGCUAUCGACGAGGUCUCGGCCGCUGAAGUUGCUUCUGUGGAUGGUGGUUCCAACGCUGGAGAGGCGCCUGUUAAAGGCGUUCUUUCUGGUGUCGGUCCCAACGCCGAGGCUGCUCAACGAGUUGCUCGUGAAAAGGGUUGGACUGAUCCAGUUCCUUUCGAAUAUGCCGAGCUUGCUAAUAGCAAGGAUCAUCGUGAUUGGGCUGGAGUUGCUGUUCGUUAUGAAUGGAAGGAUGAAUAUGGUGAUGUCGGCCCUGCCGUCCCUGAAUUGGAGGACCAGCUUUUCCGUGGCGAAUUGAUUGCUCGCGCUGGGGCUAAGCUCGACGAGCUGAACAGCUACAAGGUCAACAUCGAGAGCCCUAACGAGAUCAAGGCGGUUACCGAAUGGGCAAACUUUGGUUUGCAUCCGGUCAUGCUCGAGAAUAUUCGUCUCUGCGGGUACGAACAACCCACUGCGGUGCAGUCUUAUGCAAUCCCGGCUGUUCUGGCCAACCUUGAUGUUAUUGCUGUGGCCCAAACUGGCUCUGGAAAGACGGGGGCCUUCCUGAUUCCAAUUCUUUCCAAGUUGAUGGGCAAGGCGAGGAAGCUGGCUGCUCCUCGGCCUAACUUCGCGGAAAAGUUUAACCCAAGGGAGGAUGCUGUUCGAGCAGAGCCUCUGGUUCUGAUCGUCUGCCCCACUCGGGAAUUGGCAACUCAGAUCUUCGAUGAAUCGCGUCGUUUGUGCUAUCGCUCCAUGCUGCGUCCGUGUGUCGCCUAUGGUGGUGCUCCUUCUCGCCUCCAGCGUGAGGAGCUUCAGAAAGGAUGCGAUAUCCUGAUUGCCACUCCCGGCCGUCUUCUUGAUUUCAUGGAACAGACUCAUGUUCUGUCUCUCCGCCGCGUUAGGUACACCGUCAUUGACGAGGCAGAUGAAAUGCUGGAAUCAGACUGGGAAGAAGAGUUCAAGAAGAUCAUGUCUGGAGGAGAUGUGAACGAGGAUGAUGAUCACCGCUACUUGAUGUUCUCCGCUACUUUUAACAAGGAAUUCCGUAAACUUGCAAAGCAAUACCUCAGCCAGGACCAUGUGCGCCUGCGCGUUGGCCGAGCCGGCAGUUCGCACCACAACGUUGUGCAGGAUAUCGUCUGGGUUGAUAAGGACAAGAAGAUGCGCGCGAUUUACGACCUUCUAAUCAGCAUGCCGCCUGUUCGUACCUUGAUUUUCGUCAACAGCAAGGAGCAGGUUGAUUUCGUCGAUGAUUAUCUCUACAACUCUGGAAUGCCCACCACCUCGAUUCACAGUGGACGCACUCAGCGUGAACGCGAGGAUGCUAUGCGUGCCUUCCGGUCUGCAAAGUGUCCUGUCAUGGUUGCUACCGGCGUCUCCGCUCGUGGGCUCGAUGUGAUCAAUGUGCUCCACGUCGUGAACUACGAUCUCCCCAGCGCUAUGCACGGGGGUAUAACUGAAUACAUUCAUCGUAUUGGCCGAACUGCCCGCAUUGGUAACGAAGGCAUCGCCACCUCUUUCUACAAUGAACGCGAUGAUGAUCUUGCUGAGGAUCUUGUUAAGAUCUUGGUCGAAUGCAAGCAAGUGGUCCCGGAGUUCCUUGAAUCCUACCGCCCUGAGGGUGAUGUGCUGGAGUUUGACGAUGACUCUGAUAAGGAAUUCUUUGAGAAUCCGUCUAACGCUGGUUCUGACGAUGGCUUUGCCACUGCCUCUGACACUGGGGCUGAUGCUGAAGCUGAAGCAGGAUCUGCUGCCGCUGAACCUGCUGAGGCUGAGGAGAGUGACAAAGUGGUUGCAAGGGAUGCUGAAGAUGCCAACAAGGAGCCUGCUGAAGACGACGAGCCCAUUGUCGCCAAAAGAACUGUUCCCAGGCCCACUGUUACAUCCGAGGAGGAGGAGGAGGAGGAUUAUUCUAUCAGAGGGAAGCCUGUCUCACACUCGAGCGAACACAAGAAGGGAAUCGAAGAGGAAGCCAAGCGCGAGAAGAAGAAGGCUGGUCUGGGAAGCUCUCAAUGGGCCCCCAAGGAACCCGCUCCCAAGAACGAGGAUUCAUUCUGGUUCUAG